GAUAUCAAUAGACGAAAGGAAAGAAUCGGUCAGUGCUUGUCAACAUAACCCUACUUCUACGGCUAAUCGUUUGAAAAUAAUUUCUGACGUCCAAUAUUUGUUAAUAUCUUAUUUAUAGUAUGUUUUUGUGCAGUGUUUUACAUGAUGAUCUCAAAGAUACCAAGUGAUUAAUACAAAUGUUAUCUGUUUAUGUCACGUAAUAUUUGUAUUUUAAAAACAUGAAUGCGAAGGUUAAUACAGUUACAGAGUUUCGACUCAAGUCGUCGCCUAUUUGGCCUGAUGUUCAGAAUGUAUUGAGAGAAUAUAUUAUAUGCAUUGACAAUCUUCCGAUAUAUCAUCUGAAUAACGCGCAAUGUUAUUGGCCAAGAGAACGCGAUGUUUUGUCCAUUUUGGACUUUGAUUUAGCACCGCCUGGCACUACGCUAAAAUUUGAUCGUGAUCCUGUUACCGGAGAACUUGGGAAAAUGCAUGAAGUUCUUGUGGCAUCAGCUGGAAAAAAUGCGCGAAAUUCAAUGUCCAUGACCCGUGCACCAGGGCCCGUUACAGAUGAUAUUAGAGGAAACACUAGUAAUAUUCCAUUUUGGCCGGGUGGCUUUGAUGAACCUGAGAUGAUAAACCAUUCAUCAAUCGAAGAUAUAGACUUUGAGAAUAAUUUAAGAACCUUAGCAAAAGGAUUCAGCUCUGGUUUAGAAUUUAAAAGUGACAAUUACACUCCAAAAAGGGGAACAAUGCAAGAAGAUUACGUACCUGAACCUGAGAAGAAUGAAAUAGAAAAAAUACCAGAUAAGAUUAAUUUAAUGGAAAUAGUAAACGACGAGCGAAAUGUACUCGAUAUCUGGUCACCGGCGGAGGAAAUAAAGACGGAGCAAAAAACUGCGAAAUCGUCGGAUAUUCAAGAAUCAUCAUUCGACGAAGUUACUCCUUUAUUAGACAAACUAGAUAUUCCUAUUUUGAAAAUCUCGGAAACGCCUGGAAAGAACACAAAAUCGGAAUGGGCAGAGCAAGUGGAUGUGUCUGUUCCAUUAACUGAUUUCAAUAAACGCAUCCCUGAUCCCGCACUUAGUUUUCCUUACGAAUUGGAUACUUUCCAGAAACAGGCAAUUCUUAAGUUAGAAGAAAACUGCAAUGUAUUCGUUGCUGCUCAUACAUCGGCUGGAAAAACGACGGUAGCGGAAUAUGCAGUUGCACUAAGCCAGAAGCAUAUGACAAGGGUUAUUUAUACAUCUCCUAUAAAAGCGCUCUCGAAUCAGAAAUAUCGCGAAUUUAAAAAAAAAUUCGAAAGCGUCGGAUUGUUAACAGGAGACUUGCAGAUCAACUCAAAUGCUUCGUGUCUUAUUAUGACCACAGAAAUUUUACAAUCUAUGUUGUAUUGCGCUUCGGAUGUUUUAAGAGAUUUAGAGUUUGUUAUCUUCGACGAGGUGCAUUAUAUUAAUAAUGACGAACGUGGUCACGUUUGGGAAGAAAGUGUUAUUCUAUUACCAAAAACAGUUAACAUAGUAAUGUUGUCCGCGACGGUGCCAAAUCCAUUGAUAUUUGCCGAUUGGGUUGGUCGUACCAAGAAAAAAAAAAUGUACGUGAUAAGCACUUUGAAAAGACCGGUACCGCUGCAACAUUAUUUAUAUACUGGAACCGAUGGCAACACCAAAAAUGAGAGAUUUUUAGUAUUAGACGAAAGUGGUAAAUUUUCGUUGGAUGGAUGGUAUGCAGCAACGAAGGCGAAAGAUACGAACAAAAAUAAUUCUAAAAAUGUUACAAAUUUUAAGAACAAAAAAAUGACACCAAAACAAGAGCAGGUGUUAUGGAAUGCUUUCGUUAGUCACCUUAAAAGUAAUAACAUGUUGCCUGUCGUUGUCUUUAUGUUAUCGCGAAAACGUUGCGACAUGAUUUCCGUUUUAUUAAGGAACAUCGAUCUCACCACCGAAACCGAGAAACAUACCAUUAGAACUUUUUUCCAGAAUAAUAUUAAGCAUUUGAAAGGUACCGAUAGACAAUUACCGCAAGUUCUCAUGAUGCAAGAAUUGUUGCAAAAUGGCGUUGGCAUACAUCACAGCGGUAUAUUACCGAUUUUAAAGGAAAUAGUAGAAAUGCUUUUUCAAAGCGGGGUUGUAAAAUUGCUAUUUGCAACAGAAACAUUUUCAAUGGGUGUAAAUAUGCCAGCGCGAACGGUGGUCUUCGAUUCCAUCACAAAGUUCGAUGGCAACAGUUUUCGAAUACUUUAUCCCACCGAAUAUAUACAAAUGGCUGGUCGCGCCGGUCGUAGAGGUCACGAUACGGCAGGAAUGGUUAUAGUUUUGUGUCGUACAUCGGUACCACAUUUCCACGAGCUGAAUACCAUGAUGUGUGGUCAAGCACAAAAUUUAGUAUCCAAGUUUAAAGUAACGUACUCCAUGGUUCUAAAUUUAAGGAGGGUAAACGAAUCGGUGACAGUCGAGGCAAUGAUGCGCAGAUCCUUCAAAGAAUCGUCAUUAGUUUUGAAGCAUAAUACUAUUAAAGCUGAAUUGGAAAAAGUAGUAGACGAACUAUUAAAGUUACCAGAUUUAACUGAUUUACAAAAAAAACUCUGCAAAUUCUAUCAGCAUGCCAUCGAUUAUUUAGAAUAUCUUAGGUAUUUGAAACCUAUCUUGUACGAAACUCAGAAGAAAGCAGUAAAAACUUUAAUACCUGGUAGGAUUUUGCUUAUAUCGUACUCAAACCAUUAUAAUAAAUUGGCUCUGAUGUUGAGCACUGUUCAGAGUAAAAGUGGUAGACAAUACAGGGUGUUGGUUCUUAAUUCUGAAAAAUUGAAAUCUACCGAGGAUAAUCCGUGGGAAGCAGUCAAGUUUAAGAACUCAGAAAAAUGGCAUGACAUGGUUGCUUUAACUAUAAAAGAGACAUUUGUGCCAGUUGGAAAUGCAGAUGGUGAAGUGUUGAUUAUAUCUGCAUGGCAUAUAUUGGAAAUAACUAAUUGCCAAAUUAAAAUAGAUUACAAUUUAGUUUUGGCAAACUGGGAGAAAAGGCAAAUAUCGAGAUUUAGGGACGAGGCUCCAAGUGCAACUUUCUCUUCGGCAGUGCAACAAUUGGUGACAUUAUCGUUGAAUGCUGCCCGGGAUCCUUCUAUUUUACAACCUUACACGAAAAUAAAAUUUGACUACGAUAAUACCCUGUUCAAGUUAAAGAGUGCCGUUUACAAUAUGAAAUGCAUAGAAAUUUCAAAUUUUCAAGAACAAUUCGAAAUCGUAUUUGAACGAAGCGAAUUAGAAAGUAAGAAAAUGAAACUUCAACUUCAACUUAGCGACGAAGGGUUGAGUCUUUAUCCCGAUUAUACAAAUGCCGUGGCCCUUCUUAAAACCUUAGGAUACAUAGAUGACGACGAAAGAGUUGCAUUAAAAGGUCGUGUUGCGUUAAAAAUGGGAAGCAACGAAUUAUUAAUUACAGAACUUAUUCUGAAAAAUGUAUUGACGGUACUUCAACCAGCUGAAAUAGCGGCAUUGUUAUCUACCUUGAUAUUUCAACAACGAACAGACGUUGAACCAAAGCUUACCCCAGAAUUGAAAAAGGGGUGUGAAGUAAUACAAAAAAUAUACGCCGAGUUAGAAUGUUUAGAACAACAUUAUCAAUUAGCUACGUUACAACAAUUGAAUUUCGGAUUAGUGGAAGUGGUGUACGAUUGGGCGCAAGCAAAAUCGUUUGCCGAGAUUAUGGAAAAAACGGAUGUACAAGAAGGGAUAAUAGUACGAUGUAUUCAACAGCUUAGCGAAACGUUAAGGGAUGUUAAAAAUGCAGCCAUCACUAUCGGCGAUCCCGUUUUAAAGGAAAAGAUGGAAGAAGCUUCUACAGCUAUUAAGAGGGAUAUUGUUUUUACCGCGUCUUUAUACACGCAAGAUUAAUCA